GACUGACUACUAUUCAAACCCACCCGUGCUCAUCACAUCAUAAUAAUCCACAGGUCUUGGAAUGAUGAUAUACAAUAUCACAAUUCUCAUCUCCCUCUCCUUGGCAUAUUAAUCAGUUAUUUAGUUCAUAGUGUUGGGUUCAAGAGAAGAAGAACAAUCAAUUGUCAAUUGGCAAGUUCUGGAAAUGGAUUCUGGAGAGAAGCGUCUCAAUGAGCUCGGAUACAAGCAAGAAUUCAGAAGAGAGAUGACAUUUUUCAAAACACUUGCAAUUACAUUCUCAAGCAUGGCACUUUUUGUUGGAACACCACUGUAUGGACAAAGUCUGCUAUAUGCAGGUCCAGCAACCUUAAUAUGGGGAUGGAUUGUGGUCACAUUCUUCACCUGGUUUGUUGGAGUUGUCAUGGCUGAAUUAUGCUCUUCCUUCCCUACAACAGGUUCGCUCUACUUUUGGACAGCUUAUUUGGCUGGACCAAGAUGGGGACCAUUUGCAUCAUGGUGCUGUGCUUGGCUCGAGACCAUCGGCCUCGUUGCUGGAAUGGGUGCUCAGGCAUAUUCAGGAGCACAGGCGUUGCAGAUGAUAAUACUAUUGGGGACAGGAACAAACAAGGGAGGAGGAUACUUUGCACCAAAGAGUGUGUUUUUGGGAAUGUAUUUGUUGUUAAUCUUCAUCUGGGCUGUCCUCAACUCCUUUGCUUUGAGUGUUGUUGCCUACCUCCACAUUCUCUCCAUUUGGUGGCAGAUCAUUGGUGGUUUGGUUGUGAUAAUAACACUUCCAUUUGUGGCACAUCCAAUACAACCAGCUUCCUAUGUGUUCACACAUUUUGAAAUGGCACCUCAAGACACUGGCAUUUCAAGCAUUCCUUAUGCAGUGAUUAUGUCUGUACUCUUAAGCAAUUACUGUCUAUAUGGGUAUGACACUGCUGCUCAUUUGACUGAAGAAACCAAAGGAGCUGAUAGAACUGGACCUCUUGCUAUUCUCUCUAGCAUUGGCAUCAUCAGUGUGUUUGGUUGGGCAUAUUACUUGUCUCUUACUUUCAGCAUCAAGGACCCAAACUACUUGUAUGAUGUGAACAACGAGACCGCAGGGGCACUUGUACCGGCACAAAUUUUCUAUGAUGCAUUCCAUGGGAGGUAUCACAAUUCCACAGGAGCUGUUGUUUUCCUCUGCAUCAUCUGGGGUUCCUACUUCUUUUGUGGCCUUUCUGUCACCACCAGUGCUGCUAGGGUUGUUUAUGCAUUAUCCAGGGAUAAUGGAAUCCCAUUUUCCCCAAUAUGGCGAAGAAUUCACCCCAAGCAUAAGGUUCCAACAAAUGCAGUGUGGCUCUGUGCGGUCAUCUCCGCCAUCCUCGGCCUUCCCAUCUUAAAAAUCAACGUGAUCUUCAAUGCUAUCAUCUCCAUAGCCACAAUAGGAUGGGUCGGUAGCUACGCUGUCCCAAUUUUCGCAAGGAUGGUGAUGGCAGAGGAGAAUUUCAAGCCCGGCCCGUUCUACUUGGGAAGAGCAAGAAGGCCUGUUUGUUUGGUAGCAUUCUUGUGGAUAUGCUAUACAUGUUCAGCAUUCUUGUUGCCAACUCUCUAUCCUAUUACAUGGAGCACCUUCAACUAUGCACCAAUAGCUCUUGGUGUUGCUUUGAUGCUUAUAAUGCUUUGGUGGGUUUUGGAUGCAAGGAAGUGGUUCAAGGGUCCUGUAAGAAACAUUGACAUGCAGAAUGGAAACUCUUAGAAUUUGUGAUACUAGGGUUUGUUUUCUAUCUCCCCUGUUUCCAUAGCAUCGACAUGUUUGAUUAUUGUAUGAUUUGAGUCUGUUGACUUGCAGACUUCUGUUGCAAUCAUUCUAAGUUAAAUCUUGAACUUUCACAA